UCUGACGGUCGGACCAUCCCUUGCUCGAGAUCUGCAUUCGAAUUACACAGGGUCGUAAUGUGUAAUGAUUUCCUAAUAACCACCGACAUGCAGCCAAAUUAACCUGCUCCUGGCAUCUAGAAAAACAUGCACUGACACAGCACAUAUCUUGGGAGUGGGCCCCUUCAUCCCACCCUUGUCCCGUACCUUUAGGCUGAAUUAAUUCCCUUCCCAGGCAUAACGGAAAGUUGUGGUAAUAGGUUCCGCUGGUCGAUUGGGGGCGAGUGUGACAUUUGAACACUCAGUUAUUAUAAAUGAUUGUUGUGUACGUCUGGCUACUGUUUGCUGUCCUUGGCAACCAAGGAUUUGACUGUACUGUGCAUUAUGUUAAGCACGUGUUCGAAACUUCGCUAAAAAUGCAGUACGUGUCUAUAUAAAGAAUUAUUUCCAAGCUCUUACAUAGCAGCCUAACACGAAGCAAAGUAACAGGCUGCUCAGAUAUGCAGACUCAUGUUAGCAAAGCAUAACAACUCAUUACAGAUACCCAAAUCGAUUGCCAGACGGCGCCCGCGUCACGCCACGUGACCGAACGUUUGUCAUUGGGUCGCUUAGAAAUCGAAAAUAACUCUGUCAUUUGGGAAAGUAUUGACUUAUUUGCUUUAUAACGAAUUGUCCUUUGAGAAUUUGUGACUCGUUUGUAAAAAUUAUCUUUUAGCAAACCCUCCAAGGCGUACAGACGCAAUGCGUCCAUUAGAUCCCAAAUAAGGGCUUCGUAGCAUCCCGAGGCAGGAUUCCGCCGGGAGCGAAAGGUUCCCUGCCAGGGAUGAGCGCGGUGGCGGAGGCCGAGGCGACGGACGCGUGACCACAUCGUCUUAUAUUACUCCUGGCUGCUCCAGAAAAGAUGUGUUCGCUUCCGAAACCCGCGAACACAGUCGUAAAGAACCGUGAUGCUGAAGUUGACAUCCUACAGAAGCUGGCCAAGUUGGUUCGGAAGGGCCUGGAUCUGGUGAGGAGGAGAGUGAGCGAGGAGGCAGAGGAGGUUCUUAGAUCCACGAGAACAAAAGAACCGGUUGAGGGGAAGAACCGGGCAGGGGAAACUACAACCCAAGCCACACUUCAGGAACGCGCCAAAAGAGAAAGAGAGAUUGAAGCUCGUGGAGAUCAAGGACUCAUAAAACGCAUUAGAGAUGAUGAAGCUUAUACCGACGAAGAGGAUGAAGCGUCCUCCGGGAACGACUUGUCACCUACGGGAAGAAGUUUUCGAGAGGAAAACGGCUUCACGGAUGACGAGGGAACAACGGGCAAGAGUCGUCCAUAUAUUUCCUCCCCACCAUCGAGUCAUUUCACGGAGGACAUGCUCCCGGUCGGCGUGGAAGAGGAGGUGGUGGGUGGGUGGGUGAGGGGAACGAUCGCCAGGUUGCUCAGCUUUGUGGGUUUUCCUUCGACGCCCCGGGAGGCAGCUGUCUCGGCGAACGCGCUCCUGGAUUACACGUGGCAGAAGCUGAAUACAGGCCAUUGGCAAGAUGUCCCGAAAACUUGGCGCCUUGUUUUCACCUGGGGAAGCAUCGCGGCCGUACACAUUCUCCUGGCAGAUCUGCAAUUGUCCCUCAGCGGCGGCGUCAACGCUCCCCACACCCAUUUUUCGUCAGCGGCCGAGAUUGUCCGGGCGUGCGACCGCGGCCUCCUGAUGGGCGCUCCAAUUGGUGACAAUCCCCUCCACGAGGUGGCUUCCCUUUUCAACCUCCACGCCCGAUUGUCUUCCGGCACGUCGAUGGCCGAUCUCCCUCUGGAGGGCCUCCCCGUCACCCAGCAAGACAAGGCCACGGUCCACUACCCUCUCCCUUCCGAGCACUGUCCUCCUCUGGAUCGUUUCCUCUUGAACUACAUGAACAAAGUGGUCCCUGUCAAACUCCUAGGCAUCGUAGACCACUGGCCAGCCCUCAAGAAGUGGCGGAUCCCCUACCUAAGAGAAUUAGCGGGCGCCCGCACAGUUCCAGUGGAGGUGGGUGCCCGCUACACCGACUCCACGUGGUCGCAGACGCUACUCUCCCUUGAAGACUACCUGACUCGCUUCGUGAGCCAGCCCGCCGCUGGUGCGGCCACAGGUUACCUGGCGCAGCAUCAACUGCUGGACCAAAUACCAGAGCUCCGCGACGACCUCCUGGUACCAGACUACUGCCACCUGGGGGAGGAGGAGCCGCGCCUCCACGCAUGGCUAGGGCCUCGAGGUACCGUGAGUCCCUUGCAUCACGACCCGGAUCACAACAUCCUUGUCCAGGUACUAGGGUACAAGUACAUCCGCCUGUACGCAGAGGACCAGAGCCUUCUGCUGUAUCCUCAUCCAGACCCCCUGCUGAGCAACACGUCGCAAGCAGAGAUCGAAGGCCCACAGGCAGACUGGCCGCUCCUCCAGCAGGCACAAUACCAUGACUUGAUCCUGGCACCCGGGGAGUCGCUCUACAUCCCUCCCCGCUACUGGCACUAUGUCAGGUCCCUUUCGACCUCCUUCUCAGUGUCCUUCUGGUGGCGAUGAAGGCCAGCUCAUCCUCAAGCCUACUAUGGCCAAGAUCUGUCUGGCCAGGGACUGGUGGCGCCGGUGCUCAGCCACGUUUUGGAGCCAAGAGUUCUGGCUGCCGGCCGGCCUCACCUGGGACGACAUCCACACCUCCAUGUACGACAUUCUCUUCAUCCCGCUGCUCAUCGGACUCUUCUUC